AUGGAAAACACUGCUGUGCAUUUUCGGCUCCUGAAAAUCAACCAUGGUGCUGUUCGUAGACUUUUCAAAGAAUUGAACUAUUACGAGAAAGAGGAAAAUGAACUCAGGGAAAAAGUUAACAAUCUCAAGAACCAAAAUAAAACCGAAAUGGAAAUUGCAAGAGCAGAAGAAAUUCUUCAAGAAACAGUACGAGUCGUACCACACAUAAAAACAUCCCUGCAAAGUAGUGUAAAGAAACUGUGUGAAAUAAUUCAUGAACAUUUCUCCCCAAUACUCGAAAUCAGUGAUAAGAAGGUUCAGUUUUGUGCAAAAUUUUCUGAAGAAAAUUUAAAGCAAAUCCUUUCUACACAUUAUGAAGAGUUUUGUAAAGAAGUAGAAGACUUGAACAACACAUUAGCAAAAGUUCUUCUCCACAUGAAGGAAGACGAUCUCCCAACAUGCAACCCUCUACACAGCAGAGACCCUCUUAUACCGCACGAGGAAUGCGUAGAUAUAUAA